CAUCAUACACCGCCCGCUCCCAUCACAGCCAGUUUUCACUGGGGUUCACUUUGAGCUCCCCUAAUAUCACAGUCUCAUGAAUUCACUGAUGAAUGCUUGCAAGAGCUUGCUCUUCCCAAUGGUAGCCAUAGGGUAUCUGGCAUUUUGUUACACUGUGCAUAAUCACAGUGUGCCAUUGAACACCUACGGUCUCAUAGAUAUUACACCUGGUAAUCUUGUUGCCAUCAAGGGCGCAAUCACAUCUAUCAGCAUCAUUAUCAUCACAAUUGCGUUGUACCCGCUCAACAGUAUGCUGUCGGACUUGAGGAGUGAAGAAUUCUUUCGAGUCCUUUCGUCUCGGCCUCACGGGGUUCCCUUAUCUACCGUGAACAGCAUAUCUAGUCCAUCAUUUGGAUACAUUAGCACCAUCAAAGCGAUGAUAGGACGCAAUUGCUCGCGGUACUUUGUUGCUUGCGCAACAGCGUCAAUUAUGGUUCUAGUUGUUUCGACUUUGGCACCUGCUGCGCUGACAAUCCAAAGUGUUCUUGCGGAUGGCGAUAUCAUGGCAUUUGCUGUUGCAGCUGUGCCAGCGCAAAGAAUCUGGAAGUAUGUGAGUCAACUAGCAGAAUUUCUUCAUGUUAAUGUGUUCUCCGUAUUUUGCAGUAAUUCGGGCUUCUACAUGACUUCUACUUAUGCAAAUGAGCAGUCUCCUCUUGCUGCAUCAGUGCUUUGGGCGGAAAUGAUAAUUCAUACACAAUACUCUUUCUCCACGGCUAACAGCUCCGACUCGGACAUCGCAGCAUACAUUGUGCCAGCUCCCCUUGACCUUGCCACGACAACAACUUCAAGGUGGCUUACUGAUGUUAUCGGCAUUAACCCGUCUUGCGUAUGGUCAUCAACAAACAUAACAGGAAUAGCUAUGGGCAGUCUCGAUGACACGUUUUACCUGGGCGUCAAUCUUGAGGAUGCAGAUUUAGAUGUGCUUGUCCCUUCAUAUGACGGUUCAUUUAUAUCACCUAUUGAUAUGACAGCUGUUUUCAAUCAUAGCACGCAGGCGCCACCAAGCGAUGGGUCCACUGUGUUUCUGCUCGGCCAAUGCUUGGCAGGCUGUGACAUCUCACUUUCGACAACCAGCUAUGCCUGGUUCAACUUCACUAGUCUGCCGACGUUUCAGUAUAACAUAACUGAUUAUCUGUUUGAGCUAGCAUUCCUUGUAUGCAAGCCAAACGUACAGAUCAGUACGCGGGAAGUACGCAAUAACGGAUUUGGCAUGCUUAGUGUUCAGCCCAACCCAAAUGGCGUCAACUACAAGACACAGGGAAAUCUUGAUCCCGCACAGACACCCUCUCUAUUGUCAUUUGCGAUGUCAGAGAUCGGCGAUGUGGGACCUGCCACCCAAAUUCAAGUAUACUAUGACACGCUAGCGCCGGACGUCCUGCUAGACUUUCUCUUCGGUACAGAGCAAGUCAACAAUCUCCCUACAAUUGCAGGUUCAAUCAUGAACCUUACGGUACUGCCAACUGCAAAUUUAUCAUCAACCUUCACCUCAUUACUGCAGUCGUCGUCAAAAGUAUUUUUGUCAGGAUACCUAGGUACUGCAUAUGUGCCUGGAAGAGUGUCGACUUUUGAGGUCAUCUUUGCGACAAAUGUGCCUCAGCUUGCUGUAUCUACUGCAAUAUUCAUUCUCCUCUUCAUCCUGACGAUCAUCGCCCAUUUCAGGCGAGGCAAAGGUGGAGAUUGGACGCUUAUCAAUAUCGCUGCCACAAUGCACGACUCGGAAGUUCCAGCGCAGUUUUACCAGAUAAAAGCCGAUUUAUGCCAAGGGUCACGUUUGUUGUGGGACAGGAAGAGUGUGCAGGAAGAUGUGGUGGAGAUGAUCGGCGACCCGAACAUAGUCUUGGAAAAGCAAGCCGAUGGCUCUGGUAUCUUACGCAUUACUUGAGAGUAUAUCACCUUGCUUGCCAUCACCUUGAUCUAAAUUGUUUACCAGUGUAGGGUUACUGUCGAGGCGAGUAGCAAACUCGGCUCCCUUCGAAUCAAAAAUGACUAAAUUCUGAAACU